CGACUCUCCCUCCUCCCACUCUCUCUCCACGAAGCUCCUCUCUACGCCCUUUUUGCAGUGACGGACGCUCUCAAGCUAUCGUAAGCGUGGCGGGAUCGGUGACAAGAAGAUGGGGUGUGCAAAACUGAACCUAAAGCUGAUACCCAAGGAGAAAUCUCGGAACGUGACCUUUCAAAAGAGGAGAAAAGGGCUGAUGAAGAAAUUAAGCGAGUUCACAACCCUAUGCGGCGUCGAAGGCUGCAUGAUAAUAUACGGCGGUAGAGCACCCAAACACAAAAAGAUGCAGCACGAGGAGAACCCGCCGCAGCCGGUGGAGCCGGAGAUAUGGCCGGAGAACGCCGACGAUGUCCGGAAAGUGAUCAUGGACUUCAAAGCCCAUACAAAGGAAGAGCGGGGCCGCCGGACCUCCAACCUCACCGACUUCUACAAGGAACGAAAGAAGAAGGUUGACGAACAGCUGGCCAAAGUGCGCCGGAAAAUCGCCCUGGCUGAACUGAGUCAACUCGGCUUUUUCUUGGGGAACAAGCUUGAAGACGUGAGGAGAAGAGUUGAGUUCUUGAAGGCAAUCGGUGCCACGUCGAGUAGGAACACGAACCUUCAGCAGCAGGAAUCAGCGUCGUCGCUAGAACCUGCUAUUCUUACUGCUGCUGCUACCACUACUCAUAACGACGAUCACCAGAGAAUCGUUCCUCUUCCGACGGUUGACCCGGUCCUAAUGGCCCAGUAUUGCAACUCCGAUCAAUUACUACUGCCUCUUCAACACCAUCAGAUGCUUCUGCACCAUCAUCAUCCGACGUUUGAUCAUAUGAGUAGCAUUGUAAAUCCUUCGGCGAUGGGGCGGAUGAUGAUGAACGAUGUCGGUUACUACGGUAACGUUGAUCAGUUGACGGCGGAUUGCGGCGACGGGCAGUAUUACAAUUAUUACGAUCCGACAGCAGCCGGGAUGCUCAUAGGAGAGAACAUGGUACUUAACAUCGGCAGUAGUAGUAGUUCAACGCUGUCGUCAGCGGUCCCGUCGAUGCACUACUAUGGAGCGGGCAGCGUGCAGCCGAUGCUGCCUUACGCAGCGCAGUCUCCGGCAAUGACGUCGUUGGGGUUGGGGGUGUCGCCUUGGCAGCACUCACAGACAGUGCCGCAUGCAGCUGCUUCUCAUCAUCAGUUGGGGGUGGGGGUGUCCUCGCACUCGCAGCCACCACCCUAUGCUCCUUCUCAUCAUCAGUUGGGGGCGCUGGGGGUCUCCUCGCAGACGAGCUUUUCUUCAACUCAUCAAUGGGGGGUUCCAAUGGAAUAG